UCACAAAGAGAAAGUGAAAAUGUCGGCGUCUGACAAGAAACCGUUGGUUCCGUCGUCUCAUAUCACCGUCAAGAUCAAAAGUCAGGAUGACGUAUGUGUGUACUUCCGGAUUAAGAGGGACGUUGAAGUCCGUAAGAUGAUGCAAGCAUAUUCCGACAAAGUUGGAAAACAAAUAUCAACUUUUAGGUUCCUCUUCGAUGGAACUAGAAUCAAAUUCAAUCAAACUCCCAAUGAGAUUGGGCUUGAAGAAGAAGAUGAAAUCGAAGCAUUUGUUGAACAACUAGGAGGGUUCAGCUUCUUUCGUCGCCAUUAA